GCAUUGCUGAGUGCGCAAUCAGCGUUGUAAAGAAUACCGCUGCGUUCUUGUGCCUCUAGCUGGGUUUCCAAUGGCGGCCAUAACCCGCCUCGUAAAGCGCACCCCCUACCUCCCUUGCGCGGCGCGAUUCCUGUCUCACGCGCCGCCGCAGAAGGAGAGGAAUGUCCAGUGGGUGUUCCUGGGGUGUCCCGGCGUUGGAAAAGGCACCUACGCCAGUCGGCUUUGCAACCUCCUUGGCGUUCCUCAUAUCGCUACCGGCGAUCUCGUCCGUAGCGAGCUCGCCUCCAACGGCCCCCUUUCUUCCCAGCUAUCAGAAAUUGUUAAUCAAGGUAAAUUGGUGUCCGAUGAAAUCGUCAUGAGUCUAUUGUCGAAGAGGCUGGCUGAUGGGGAAGCAAAAGGUGAAUCGGGAUUUAUUCUUGAUGGGUUUCCACGAACAAUAAAGCAAGCGGAAAUAUUGGAAGGAGUGACUGACAUUGACUUGGUAGUCAAUCUGAAGAUCCAAGAAGAAGCACUGCUUGCCAAAUGCCUUGGUAGAAGAAUUUGCGAUCAAUGUGGAGGAAAUUUUAAUGUUGCUUCCAUCAGCAUUAAGGGUGAGAAUGGGCGCCCAGGAAUGGUCAUGGCUCCACUUCUUCCUCCUGCACAUUGUAUGUCAAAGCUCGUUACACGUUCAGAUGAUACCGAAGAAGUGGUCAAAGAAAGGCUUCGAAUAUACAGUGAAAAGAGUCAGCCUGUGGAAGAAUUUUACCGUAGCAGAGGAAAACUCUUGGAGUUUGAUUUGCCAGGAGGGAUCCCAGAAUCUUGGCCUAAGUUGCUACAAGCUCUUAAUCUUUACGAUUAUGAGGAGAAGCAAUCCGUUGCUGCAUAAGAUAUAAAAUCAUACCACACAAAUGAGUAUUUCAUUCUUUGCAUGCAUGUAUGUAUUGCAUGCUUUAAAUUUUGCAGAUAUAGAACCAAAGAGGGUGGACUUCUCUAUUGGUAUUAUUUGGAUAAAUAAUGAUACAUGAGGUGUUCAAAUCUGAUAUAACCUCUUCCCGGUUGGGAAUUCACUAUUUUAAUUCAGUUAAUAAUGACAAUGGUUUUUAUGCUUUUUAAUGGUUGUCAGCAACAGUUAAUUCCUAUAGAAUUGCUGACUGGUUAGGAUUUAGCAAUAAGCUUCAGUAAGAUUGGCUCAUAAUUACUGUGUUGUAACUGAAAUAUGAAAUACGAAUGAAUUAAUGCUGUUGUACUAAUUUCUUCUUUGCCUCCCGAUUUCACAAUUCCCACUCAUGUUUCCUUGGUUGACUCUGUUUUGGAUUAUAUUAUGGUGAUUCAAAUCAUAGGAGUUCUCUUUUAUUGUUAACAGGAAUUCGCAUUUCAUAUAUCUGAUAGUGUUUGGAUUAAAGCUUUGUUUUUCAUCAAUAUUAUCUAAAUGGUAUCAGUUUGUAGAAAUACUCAAUGAUUCUGUCAUACUAGUCCUCUUGGUACAUCGCAGCUGGCCGAGCUGGUCGUCAUAGUGUUUGCGAGCCAGUAAGUUUAAUCAGCUGCUACAUUAAGAGAGGGCACGGUACCAGCUCUUAACUGCUCAAGUUUUUGUGGUGCAAGAUAGAUCGUGCCCUGCAUUUUA